AUGCAGGUUCAAAAUCCUGCUGUCAGCACUGUCCCAGGGCGUAGGGGAUACUUAUUGCAUCUGGGUGUACCUCCUUCGAUGUGGUACCAGAGGCUGGCGGUGCUGUUAGUUGCAGCAGCAGUGCGGCUGUGGAGGCACGCCGGAGCCAGGAGGGGCUGGGAAGGAGCACCUUACAGCACGCUGGUGCCAUCUGAUGAAGUAACUAUUAAUUACAGACAUGGUCUGCCUGUGAUAACUCUUACGCUGCCCACAAGAAGUGAACGCUGUCAGUUCACUGUCAAACCAGUGGUGACCACCGUAGGUGCAUUCCUGCAGGAUGUGCAGAGAGAAGAUAAAGGAAUUGAGAGGGCGGAAGUCUUUGCAACAGAUGGUAGCAAGGUCUCUGAUGCAACCUUGAUGGAGGUCUUAUUGAUGAAUGACUUUAAACUUGUUGUCAACAACACAGCAUACAGUGUGUCACCUCCUGCAAAAGAGAUGCUGAGUAGUGAGCAUGCUACUGAAAUGGAAGAUAUCAAAUCCUUGGUUCACAGACUGUUUGUGGCUCUACAUUUAGAAGAUCACCAGAUCAGGAAAGAGAGAGAAUUGCUACAGAAACUGGACCAUCUGAAAGAAGAGUUGCUGCCUCUUGAACAGAUGAAAGCCAGAAUCACGGACAGGGCAGAUGCAAAGACCUCCAGGCUCCUAUGGGUUGGCUUAGCUCUGAUGUCAACACAAGGGGGAGCACUGGCGUGGCUCACGUGGUGGGUCUAUUCCUGGGACAUCAUGGAGCCGGUCACAUACUUCAUCACUUAUGGGAGUGCCAUGGCUUUCUAUGCCUACUUUGUUCUUACUAAACAGGACUACAUUUACCCUGACGCUAAAGACAGGCAGUUCCUCCACUACUUCUAUCAGAAAUCCAAAAAACAGCAUUUUAAUGUGGAACGAUAUAACAAGCUCAAAGAAGACCUAGCAGAGGCAGAAGAAUCCCUGAGGCGUCUGCGCCAACCUCUGCACCUGAGGCUUCCAAUCCAGGAAAUCAAUGACAAGGACUGACUUUGGUUUUUCGUAUAUAUUAGAAUUGCCCUUUCAAAGGUGAUACGAACAUUUAGUUACUCUAUAGAAACUGGGUAUCUUUGACCACUAUAGUUUUGAAAGUUGCAAUAAAUAACUAUAAAAAUGAUUUG